CAGGCAGCGUCCAGCUGGGUAAACAUGGCGUCUGUCUCCGCCAGUGGAUGAAGCUCCUGUAGUCGGUGUUUCUGUGUUAGUAAUACCCCGUACUCCAGCCCUCGGCGACAUGCCGGACUCCUGGCGGGGGCUUAGGACGAGGACGGAGCUGUUUACUGAUGCUGCUUCACCCCCAGGCCGGUGCUGAGGUGGACGGUGCGAUGCCUGCUCGGACGCCGCGACCAGCGCUGCAUAAUUGCUUUUGUUAACUGAGGACUGACUUGUAUCUUUUUCGAGUUGUUUUUUUUAAGACGAAUACUAAUGACCCCAUACUGUCAUCUGUGGAUCAGAGGUGCACAGAUUAUUUUUGUGCCCAUUUUACUGUCGAAGGCUGCCUUUGAUGAAUUAUGUAAAUCCACCGGUUUCUGUAGUCCGCUCCUUCUACAGUAACAGAGCAGUCAGAACAGUGUAACAGCAUAAUGACCUAUAGGACUGGACUGGAUGUGACUGCUCCUCGCUGCUUUACUCUGACAGCUUUUCUAUGACCGUGACUGCUGCUGCUGCUGCUCAUGCCUUGCUCAGCAACACCACUAUGAUCGGCUCCCCGGAUGUGGUAGCUUUCACUAAAGAGGAUGAGUAUGGGGAAUCAAAUCCAGACCCGUGUGGGCUCCCAGAGGAGUUCUCGGUCCCCCUCUAUCCGCUGGCAGACUCUAAUCCUUGGGCAAAAACCUCUUACGCCAAAUUCACCAAAGACUUCAUCCUCAUAUCUGAGUUCUCUGAGCAGGUCGGCCCUCAGCCUCUUCUCACCAUCCCCGAUGAUCCUAAAGUCUGUGGGACCUUUGACCUUAACUACUUCUCCCUGCGGAUCAUGUCGGUGGACUACCAGGCCUCCUUCGUGGGCCACACGCCCGGCAGCGGCUAUCCAAGGCUUAGUUUUGUGGAGGACUCGAGGGUUGUCCUGGGAGACUCAAAGGAGGGGGCCUUCGCCUAUGUUCAUCACCUCACCCUGUACGACCUGGAGGCCAGGGGCUUCGUGCGGCCGUUCUGCAUGGCGUACAUUGCAGCAGAUGAGAGGAAGAUCAUGCUACAGUUUCAAGAGCUCUCCCUCCGCUUCUCGCAGGCCUCUGAGUGCAUGAAGGCUGGAAACAGGAGAGCGUUCGCCAAGGAACUCCAGAGGAAGCUGCAGGACCUCGAGUACACCCACUCCGUCCUGCAGAGGGAGGAGGGCCUGCAGAGGGAGGCGGGGCCACAGUGCAUGUACUCUGCGUAUGCCGUGGAGAAGGCCAACGAGCUGGCUAACGUAGAAAAGAGCAUUUUUGAACAUAGAGACCUGCUGAAACAGAUCAGCUCGUACCACCGCCGCCAGCGCCGGGACCCUCACGCCGUCUCCUGCCAGAAGUGCAUGACUGAGUGUUUGAGCGAGUGCGAGGAGCUUUUAGACAAGUACGCCAAUUUUGCCCACCCUUGUAGUUAUAGUGACAAGGUUCGGUCAGAAAACGACAAAGGUGGAGAAGAGGGAGAUGAGGAGGAAGACGAGGGUGUGAAACGCAGGCCGUCCUACACGCCGCAGCUGAUCAAGGCCAAGUCUGCCAAGUGUUUCGACAAGCGUCUGAAGACCAUGACGGAGCUGUGCGAAAGGACUUUCUACGAGGCCACGGUGGGAAUACUGAGAGAAACGGAGAGGAGUUUCCGGGGCGACCUGUGUUACUUGCACACACGCCGCCUGGACAAAGCUCUGCGCCGGAAACAGAGCGUUGUCAACUUCUUGUUUGAGGAGGAGCUGGAGAACAAUGACAGCGAGGGCGAAGCGGGAACACUAAGACCGUUCUGUGCUGUGAACCACACCGUAGACAACCACGUAAAACUGAACCCACCUCAUAUCGUGCUCGGACCAGAACCGUGUGAGCUGAGUGCUCCCCAACCCCCACGUACGCUGGACAAGGGGGAGUUUGGGGACCACCAUCUGGUGUCUUCUGCCUCAGACCAGACCCCGGAGACGCAGGAGAGCUCCGAGGCGACCAAAGGCAGCUUCAGCAGCGACAAGAGCGGCAUGGAUCAAGCAGAUAAGCAAGACAGUCUGGCCAGCAUGAAGUCAGAAGGUCCGGAUCCUGAUUUUGACCUGACCCCCGACCCCGACCACAACACUGACAUGGAGAAAGAGACCAGCAGCGAUGAAAAUGAGACCACGGCAGGGGAGGACGAGGCCGACAACGGAGGGGACCAGACCCCUCUGUCACUACUGGAAGUGGCGUCUGAGCUGGAGGCUUGUAAGGAGGAUGAGUGUGAGGCAGUAAACCCGUCAGAGAUGCUGGUUCCCAUCGACACCACAUGCUGCAUUGCCCAGGAGGGUUUCCUUUACGACACAUCUGCUCCUCAUAUCGUGCCUUGCCUGCAACAGAACUCCAACCCGCAACUUUGCAGAAUCCCGGUGGUCAAUCAGGAGCCACAAGCCCUCCUUCCCCUGCAGGACGACUACACUGUGGGUUCUCCAAGCUCAAAGAGUCCUCCGGUCGGGCUGGAGCUUCCCGUGGGGCUCGCCGGAGACACGGUCUCCCGUAUUUCCGUGGAGGACGGGUCCGACUGCACCAUGAGCGCUUCCACCGGGUCUGAUCGGGCCGCCUCACCCCUCGGCUACGGCGGGGUGCUGACCCUCCGCCAGAGGAAGAAGGCGGGUCAGGGCGCCCUGAGGUUCGUGCGCCAGUAUCCCUUCGCCCUGCAGGCGCUGUGGUGCCUGCUGAGCGGCAGAACUCUGGUGGUGCUCGGGGCUGAAGAGUCCCGGGUCCGCCGCCUGGUGUCGGCUCUGGCUCUGUUUGUCCCGGCUCCUGGGAAGUGUGGGGAGCGGGUUCAAGCCUGGCUGUCGUGUCCUUUCACCCUCUCUGACCUGCAUAGGUGGAAACUCAUCGGAUUGCAAAGAGUUGCAUCUCCCGUGGGCUCCAGCAUGCUCAACUCGCUGUCCCGCUACAGUCGCUACAUCUCCAUUCUGGAUGCUGACCAGAAGACCCUGCGCUGCCCGCCGUAUCGCGGCCAACUCCUCGCCAACGUAGCCGACCACCGCACCUACAUCCGCCGCGGCUCCACCUACUUCCUCCACGUCCAGAGCACGCUCUGUCACCUGGCGGCCAGGGCCUUCCUGUUCACCUUCACUCACCACCUCCAUGUGCCGGUGAGCUCCACGGAGGGGCCGGGCGUCGUCGAGGGCAGACGCCAGUGCUUCCUGCAGGAGCAGCUGGGGCUGGACGAGGAGGACAGCCAGAUACUUCUUUACCUCAGCCAGCUCGUCACACAGCACUACCUGCAGCCCACCAGCAGCAGCACUGCAGCCCCUUCGUUUAGUUUCAACUACACAACCAGCGUUUUAUACAAAAUCUAAUACUAAACCAAGAGCAAGAUUACUACUUACUACAUUUUAGCAAAAAAAAAAAAAAAAAAUCAUCAGUGGCACUUUGGUUUUUAGCGGACCAAAAGUGAUCUUAAUAAGGUCUAUUUAGUUUUGCACUGGUUAUCGUUUCCUUUGUCUGCCUUGCUGUUUUUUCUCUUUUUUUUUUAAAUCUCUGCUCUUGCGCUUUCCUCCUGCUGUAGGGACACGGACGCAGACCGAGCUCUGAAUGUCUUAGACGGGUUGACUUGUCUGAUCCGCUGCUUGUUGACACUUAGAGGUACACAUAACAGAAACAUAACAGAACAGAUGAAGAUCUGCUUCAGUUGUUGUUCUUUGAAUAGAUUUUUCCCACUUUUAAAGAAAAGAAAAGGAAAAUAAGUCCCUUCCACUGGUGUAUGCCAGUCCACGAGUCUGUGUGUGCUGGUUUGACUUCAGCCAUCUUACUCACAGGUUCUGUCUCGGCCGUGCAUUAACACCUCGUCACUCAAAAUCCUGCAAACGUCACGUAAACAUGUUUUUCAGCACGGCUGAAACAAACUCAUGCUUGCUGACAUUUGCUUUCUGUUGAGAACAGACUCCAUGAAAGUCACGGUUUAGCGCCACGUAGGUUUGUUACAGCUGGUUUUGUGACUUGCCUCCCUCUUUGACAACAAACUUCCAUCUGUCUCCCUGAAGUCUGUCCAUUUUUAUGUAUUUGUUUCACUGUUACUCACAUUCCCGGCACAUACUCUCACAUAGGCAGAGGAUCCUCCUUCUCGCUCCAAGUAGUGCCACAAGAUUUGGAUUUUAAGGAUGUAGGUUCCUUAGUGACACGUAAAACAUCCCCACAGGUCUCAUGCGAAGAAUGCUUUUCCAGACACUUAAUAUUAUCAUGCACAUCCUCAUCCCUGUUGGGGGCCAGCAGUAACUGGAACCCGUCACUGCUGCUGGGAGCUCUGCUGGGUGUCACUCGUAAGGUCAUGAAGAUUUUAAAGCUACUUAACUUAAAUGUAUUGAAUUUCAUUGUCGUCUUAGAGUCGUGUGGGAGUGUUGUGGUGUCUGCAUGAGACAGUCUUGUGCCAGGGUGAUCACCGUGUUGAUAAUGUUUCGGUUUCGGUAUAUAAACUGACUUUUUUUUUUUAGACGACGAUGCUCUUAUGAUGAAAAUAUUUUAUUUCCUGUGCCAUCGAAAGCCUAAGUUUUAUUUAGGAUGGCUGCCUUUUUGUGUUAUUUAAUAAACCUUUGCUGGUUUCGUGUUACGGACAAUCCCUUGUUCUGUAUUUAAUGUUUGCGAAAUGGGAAAAAAAAGAAGGAAAAAGAUGCGAUCAAAACACUCAGCACGUAUAAUUGGAUUGCUGCUCUAGUUUUAUGUUAAGUUUCGUCUUGAAACAAACAAGAAGGAUUUUGUCUUUAGAUUUUACUGUUUUUAAUUCCGUUUUUACAGUGUGUUUCUGUAGGAUGGUACCUGCUGUACCUGCUCGGCCAGAGUUUUAUUGUGAAAGAUCAAAGUUAGAUCACGAACAAUGCGGUUUUCAACUAUUAACAGUAACCGUAGCCAUUUUAAUUCAAUUCGAUGUACCGUUUCAGUUAAAUGCAAUUGGGGCUUUGUGGAUAUUGUUGAAGCAUGUAAUGUCUUUUUAAUUGUAUCAGCAACUUUUCUGUAGCUCUUCUAAUGCAAGCAGCUGAAUGUAAUCUGAAAAAGCCAUACCACAGUGUGCUUAACAUGUUGUCACCCAGUGUCCUUACGUUGCGUUAUCAUGUCUACAUUUUUUAUCUCAUCGUCAGGGUGCUGUGCUCACCUCAGCCCUGUCGAUGGUUUUAAUAAAG